UGGGGCAAAUGCGCGACUACCUGAACAGCACGACGUCCGGUGCAGCAUUCUACCUGGCUGCGAACGGCCUAUAAAAGCUGGUGACACGGCCAACUAUGGUCACAGUGAAUUUCACAGCCACUCGAGAUUGACAGCAAAAUAAACGGAGAAACUACAAAAAAUAUUGAAUAAACUAAUACUAGAAACUAUGGACCGCCACCAGCUUCCGGCUAUUUCUGAGGAGGAGUUCGCAGGUCAAGUCGAAUUGUUCGAUAAGGCCACAGAUCCGGAUGAAGUAGACAAGUUGUUAAACAGAUGGUUGGAAAUGUAUCUACCGCCAUUGAAGUCUGGAAACGCACUCGACGAGGAAGCGCAAGAAAUCAUUAAAAUUAGAUAUGCAUAUACGGGAAAAAUGAUUAAACUUGCAAAAAUAUGUAGAAGAAUCAUGGAGCACCAAAGAACUAUGUCGUUAAGAAAUGUGUUAUUAGAACAGCGCCAAUUAAAUGUCUCUACGAGCGACUCAUAUAGAACGCAUGCUGCACCAAGUACAAGUAGACCCAGUGUCAUUGUCCCUGCUGGUUCAAACAGAGAGCAGAGCAUGACGCCUCGCAUCAUUUAUAAUGGCAAUUACUGCACUAACAACAGUAUCAUCAGAAAUUCAGUUAUAACCGGAGUCAAAACCCAACCGAACAGCGGAAUGGGUGGCAUUCAAUCCAUAGCUGCAUAUGAAACUGUUGCUACAAGUUCAGGAACAUCACUCGUGACAAGUUCAACAACGAUGCAAAUGCCAAUCUUGACCAAUGGUAUCAACAGUACCAACAGAGUGGAGUAUAAUCGCGCUUCCAGCACCAACACUUCAAUUUUUGCUGCCACACAAUCUAUGACAACUUCAAUGCCCACUCAAAACAACACAAACAAUAUUGUUGACAGCAGUAAUAUCAGAAAAUACAUAAACAAUGGAGAAGCCAACCAAUCUACAAACACAAUUGAAACCGUUGGAUCUGUAGCUGCCUAUGAAACUGUUGCUACAAGUACUGGAAGCAGUAUCGGUAUUUCUAAUGCCAUGGAAGUCGAUCGCACUGCCAGCACCAGUACACCGGUUUUUACCUUCUCUCAACCCGAAAUAAGUUCCACCUCUAUGCAGAUGCCGAUCGUGCACAAUGGUAUCCGGUUUUCGAAUGCCGCAGAGAAUAAUCGCGUUACCAGCACUGGUACAGCCAUCUUUAACCCCACACGACCCGCUGCAAGUUCAACGCCUAUGCAAACACAAAAUUUUCCCUCUACUGACGACUCUAAUUACACAGUGCUUGGUCCGAAUGGCACAACAGUACCCAGCGAAAAAUUCAAACUCAUAUCAUUUGAGGCUCCGUCCACGGCCACGCGCAGUUUGCUUUGUUUGGUCUUCUCGGAAAAGGUGCUGGCCAAAAAUACACUCAGCGGCAAGCCCUCACCAGCAUUUAAGGGCCGUCAACGUCCUCCUAAGGGACAAUUAGAUCCGGACAAGGUUGCCGAUAUCAUAUAUUGUGUUAGACAGAACACGAAUUUAUCUAAGAAGAAUGUACGUACCAUAAUCACCACAAAAUGUGCGGAUAGCACAAAGAAACUGAGACGACUCAGUCAGCCACCGAAAACCAUUGACUGAAUUGAAAAUUAAGCAGACGCAGGAAUAGAAAGCCGCGGCGGCUCCUUAGCCACAAAUA